CGAGGACCUAGGAACGAAACACUAACCAUUAGAAACAUUUGCAGAAGACACUGUAAGGAAGAACAUAAGACAGAGAAAAACACAAAGACUUAUAAUUGUACAAGAAAUCUACAAAUCCAGCUCUGGAGAAAGCCUCCUUCUCCAAAAUGGAUAUGAUUCCCCUCACCUGGGUUUUCUUAGCUCUCUACUUCUCAGGACAUGAAGUGAGAGGCCAACCAGACCAGCCCUGUGGAGGUCGUUUGAAUUCCAAAGACGCUGGCUACAUCACCUCCCCGGGUUACCCCCAGGAUUACCCGUCGCACCAGAACUGCGAGUGGAUUGUUUACGCCCCUGAACCCAACCAGAAGAUUGUCCUCAACUUCAACCCUCACUUCGAAAUUGAGAAGCACGACUGCAAGUAUGACUUCAUUGAGAUUCGGGAUGGGGACAGUGAAUCCGCAGACCUCCUGGGAAAGCACUGUGGGAACAUCGCCCCACCCACCAUCAUCUCCUCCGGCUCCGUGCUCUACAUCAAGUUCACCUCCGACUACGCCCGGCAGGGGGCAGGCUUCUCUCUCCGCUACGAGAUCUUCAAGACAGGUUCUGAAGAUUGUUCAAAGAACUUCACAAGCCCCAACGGGACCAUCGAGUCCCCCGGCUUUCCUGAGAAGUACCCACACAACUUGGACUGCACCUUUACCAUCCUGGCCAAACCCAAGAUGGAGAUCAUCCUGCAGUUUCUGACCUUUGACCUGGAGCACGACCCUUUGCAGGUGGGAGAGGGAGACUGCAAGUAUGAUUGGCUGGACAUCUGGGACGGCAUUCCGCAUGUUGGUCCCCUUAUUGGCAAGUACUGCGGGACCAAGACACCCUCUGAACUCCGUUCAUCGACGGGCAUCCUCUCUCUGACCUUUCACACUGACAUGGCAGUGGCCAAGGAUGGCUUCUCUGCCCGUUACUACUUGGUCCACCAAGAGCCGCUAGAGAACUUUCAGUGCAACGUCCCUCUGGGAAUGGAGUCCGGCCGGAUUGCUAAUGAACAGAUCAGUGCCUCAUCUACCUACUCAGAUGGAAGGUGGACACCUCAACAAAGCCGGCUUCAUGGAGAUGACAAUGGCUGGACACCCAACUUGGAUUCCAGCAAGGAGUAUCUCCAGGUGGACCUACGCUUUCUAACCAUGCUUACGGCCAUUGCAACACAGGGAGCAAUUUCCAGGGAAACCCAGAAUGGCUACUAUGUCAAAUCUUACAAGCUGGAAGCCAGCACUAAUGGGGAAGACUGGAUGGUAUACCGGCACGGCAAAAACCACAAGGUAUUCCAAGCCAACAAUGACGCUACUGAGGUGGUUCUGAACAAGCUCCACACGCCCCUGCUGACGAGGUUUGUCAGGGUCCGCCCGCAGACUUGGCACUCAGGCAUUGCCCUACGGCUGGAGCUCUUUGGCUGCCGGGUCACAGAUGCCCCCUGCUCCAACAUGCUGGGGAUGCUCUCAGGCCUCAUCGCUGACUCUCAGAUCUCGGCCUCCUCCACCCGGGAGUAUCUCUGGGGCCCCAGUGCCGCCCGCCUGGUCAGCAGCCGCUCAGGCUGGUUUCCCCGGAUCCCUCAGGCCCAGCCAGGUGAGGAGUGGCUUCAGGUGGACCUGGGAGCACCCAAGAUGGUGAAAGGCGUCAUCAUCCAAGGGGCCCGAGGAGGAGACAGCAUCACUGCCGUGGAAGCCAGAGCAUUUGUGCGCAAGUUCAAAGUCUCCUACAGCCUAAACGGCAAGGACUGGGAGCAUAUCCUGGACCCCAGGACCCAGCAGCCAAAGCUGUUUGAAGGGAACAUGCACUAUGACACCCCUGACAUCCGAAGGUUCGACCCCGUGCCAGCGCAGUACGUGCGCGUGUAUCCUGAGAGGUGGUCUCCAGCCGGGAUUGGGAUGCGGCUGGAGGUGCUGGGCUGUGACUGGACAGACUCAAAGCCCACGGCAGAGACGCUGGGACCCACUGUGAAGAGCGAAGAGACCACCACCCCAUAUCCCAUCGACGAGGAAGCCACAGAGUGUGAGGAGAACUGCAGCUUUGAGGAUGACAAAGAUUUGCAGCUCCCUUCAGGAUUCAACUGCAACUUUGAUUUCCCUGAGGAGCCCUGCGGUUGGAUGUAUGACCAUGCCAAGUGGCUCAGGAGCACCUGGACCAGCAGCUCCACCCCAGACCACCAGACAUUUCCAGAUGACAGGAAUUUCUUGCGGCUGCAGAGUGAUGGCCGGAGAGAGGGCCAGUACGCCCGGCUCAUCAGCCCACCCGUGCACCUGCCCCGGAGUCCAGUGUGCAUGGAGUUCCAGUACCAAGCCACAGGUGGCCGCGUGGCGCUGCAGGUGGUGCGUGAAGCCAGCCAGGAGAGCAAGCUCCUCUGGGUCAUUCGCGAGGACCAGGGCAGCGAGUGGAAACAUGGGCGGAUCAUCUUGCCCAGCUACGACAUGGAGUAUCAGAUUGUGUUUGAAGGAGUUAUAGGAAAAGGACGUUCGGGAGAAAUUGCCCUUGAUGACAUCCGGAUAAGCACUGAUGUUCCACUGGAGAACUGUAUGGAACCCAUCUCAGCUUUUGCAGGUGAGAAUUUUAAAGGGGGCACCCUCCUACCAGGGACCGAGCCCACAGUGGACACGGUGCCCGUGCAGCCCAUCCCAGCCUACUGGUAUUACGUAAUGGCCGCCGGGGGCGCCGUGCUGGUGCUGGUCUCCGUCGCGCUGGCCCUGGUGCUCCACUACCACCGGUUCCGCUAUGCGGCCAAGAAGACCGAUCACUCCAUCACCUACAAAACCUCCCAGUACACCAACGGGGCCCCUCUGGCGGUGGAGCCCACCCUAACCAUUAAACUAGAGCAAGACCGCAGCUCGCACUGCUGAGGGCCGAAGCAAGGACAGCACCCAAAACAAACGAGAAAGACUGCAAACACGUUGCCUCGAUUUUGCACUUUUUUCUCCUCGCAUAGUCUCUGUGUGAACUCUUCAGACACCUUUCUCCCUCGGGGCCCAAACCCCGGGCACUCUUAUCCAUCCCCAUCAUUCUCCUUGGAUUCCUUUAUUUCAUCCCCCUUUCGUUGAUUCCAAACCAUCCAACCCCAAGUCUAAUGCUGCAUCUUGGAGUCUGAGAAGAGAGACACCCCUAAGGCCUUCACGACUCCAGGCUCAGCUGGUUUCCUUCCAGAGACUGGUCCCCAUCUCCUUCCUUUGCCUUACCCAUACCUCCUCUUGGUGGGCAGCUGCCAGGAGACUUGAGGGGAAGCCUGGACCUUUGCGUUCGUAUGGAGUGUACCUUUGCAUGUGUGAAUAGUUGUGUGUGUGCGUGUGUGUGUGAGAAAGAGAGGCUGGUUUGUUAUGGGGUGGGGAGUGUAUGGGCAUGUUCAGAGAGGGCCCCCUUUAAGUCUUGUGUUACUUCUCCAAGAGUACAUUUUACAGGAAAAUAAUAUACUGUACUAGUUUUGUUUACUUGGAGAAGAGAUUGAAGCUUUUUGUUGCCUUAUCUAGCUCUGGCUGGGUUUCUGUUGGCUACCACUGUCAUCUCCAGGUACCUGAGAAGCUAGAGGCCACACGAAAUGAACUGUGGCCCCUCCUAUCCCUACCCCCAUUCCCAACCCGCCCGACCUGAGAGGCAGCUUCCCACCCACGAUGCACUCAGAUGUGACCCUUUGUCACGUCUCUUGGUACCUUUGAAGUAACAAGGUACCACCACUGAGUGCGUGUGGAACCAUCCUUACUUCCAGCCCUGAAGCAAAUCUGUCUCAUGUUGCCUUAUAAAAGAGAAGCUCAUAAUGAAUGUUUAGCUUUUAUCAGUUAAGUCCCAUCUUGGAAUAAGUCAUAGAAAAGAACAGAUCUGAGACUGAUGAAGGAAAACAGUCGUCUGUUUGGAUCAGGAGGAUGUGGAGGAGAGAAGGGAGAAGGAAGGACCGAGCGUUUUCUUUCAAGUCUCCUACCCCAGGGGGAUUCACUGUGCCCAGCUGGGGAUGGAGCUGAUGAGGUCAAAAAUCGUAUUCUUUGGUAUUAUGUUGGUCAUUGUAGUAAUGUUUGUAAAAUACGGGGGAAAAGGGAUCAUUUGCUUUCCUUUCAUGGUGUCAGUGUCUGAAUCUAUAGCCACUAAAAUAUAAGGCUGUCCACCUGACUUAUUUAAAUAUUAUGAGAGAAUAAAAAGUAAUCAUUUUUUAAAUGUACAAGUGUGCUACCCCUUAAAGCAUUCAUAGCAUCUGGCAAAUACACCCUCAUUGGCUGGCCUGGCAUUUCCAGCUGUUGCUGCCUCAUCAGGAGAAGGUGUAAUGAAGGUAAAUCUACUGCUGCCCAUUCAUCCUCUUUAAACAGCACAGGGAGAGGGGUGCUGGAGAUGAAUUGCCUAAUGAUAUUAUACGAAGAAUGGAUUCAAUAAUGAAAUCAAUUUCAUUGAUAGAAAAUGCGUAUUUUAAUGAGAUUCUCAGUGUACUGGGGCUCAGCCUUAGGGGUGUUUAUUUCUCACCCUCCUGCUAGGAAUCCACUGGGGAAGUAUAAGAAUCUCUCCAAAGACGGUUGCCUGGGAUGAAAGCCUCCAGGUACCAUCUGAAAACAAAAUACUAAUGAUUUUUUUUUGGCUGCUUGGGAGAGAGACUCUUAGCAUUUUUUCAGAAUAUCCACGCAGGUCCCUCCAGCACACAGACUCACUUUGCAUUUGGUUUGUUUCAUCCUCCUGAAAGAACUGCUCUCCCACUCUUAAUUCUAUUUCAAAGAGCUACUCUUUCUCAACCACAGCAGCCCUGCCAAGAAAAGGGAAGAUGAAAGGCUAGAGCAUGAGUUACCUUGAGAUUUCAAGAAGUGUCCUACCCUAGCUGAGGAUGCAAAAAGAAAUGGGAGGAGGAGGAGGGGCCGGAGCCCAGGACGCCCUGUGAUGGCUUCCAUGCCAGUCACUAGGGGCUUUUUAUCUCAGGAGUUCACAUCCGGUCAUGCGUUUGGGGCCAGGCAUUCCCUUGAAAUGAUUGACAUCCCUGCAGGCGCCCCAAAGAGGCGUGUGUCAGGAAAUCAUACCUGGAAAAUCCAGCCAGUGUAGCAACUGUCUGAGUUACCAUAUACCCUUGAGGAUUGCCCUUCUUUAAAAGAAAAUGACAACGUUGUGAAUUUGCUGUGUCUUUAUCUGCUGCCCCGUGUGGCAUCGUCUUUGUGUACAUGCCAUAGUUGAGGAUGUGAGACUGCUCAAAUCUCUGUGGAUGCACUUCAGCUGGGGAUGUCACACCUCUCUCUCUUUCUCCUUCUCCCCACCCAUCCCAGCAACUUUCAUAGUAUUAUCCAGGUACUAUGCUAAAAGGGCAGCUCUCCUAUAAAAUCAUGGCUUGCAGCUUUAAAAAGCAAAUUCUGUAUUUCAAAGAGGGAGGGAAGGAUCACUCUCUUCUAAGAAAAAUAGACUGGACAGAUGAAUGCAUGCAUGCAUGUGUUUAGAGUUGCUUCUCAGAAGACAAAGUGGGGAUAGCAACUGUUUCAAUAUAAAUGAAUCAAUGAAUGCAUUGAAGGUCUAGCCUCGGCUGGUAAAAUUUUGCCUUAAUAGAGAUUUCAUGUCAACAGCUCCGGAAAAGCAACCCUUAUCUCUGGAGUGAAAAGUCCCUUCCUUGAAAUUAUGCUAGCAGUUGUUAUCCUCUAAUCACUGGUGAAGGCAGAAAAAAGAAAAAAAAAAAGCAUUGUAACAUUGCCAUUGAUGAAACAGGAUGCUGAAAAUGUAACAAAAUUGUCUUUCCCUUAUCCCACAUUUUUGGGAUUAAAGCCAGAAUAGGAUAGAAAAUCCAGUAAUAUUUCUGAGGUUGAUAACCCAUCUUUAAAGUGACCCUGUCUUUAAAGUGAAACUAGCAGGCAAGCAAACACCUAAAUAAUCAAACAUUACCAAAGAACAACAACAAAACAAGAAAACUUAAAGAUUUUUACUUCCUAUUCUUAUCCCCUCUCCCUAAAACUGUGACAUCUCUUGCAUUGCUCAGUUGCCUGUGUGUCAAAAUAACUUGUGGACAUUGGAAACUAUUUGAAAAUGUAUUGUGUGGAAUGUAAUAAAAUGAUGAUAUUUUUAUACAAA